AUGAAGGUUCCUUCCAAGUUGGUGAUGACCUGCAAUACCAUCUCGUUCGAUGAUGUUGAGUUUGAGGUUGCUGAAAUCUUGCUACGACUUCCACAGUUGAUAGCCCAAGACAGAGAUGUUCGUGAUUCUCUCUUUCCAUUAUCACAGGGUCGUAAAAGAAAGCGAUCUGCAAUCGUUUCACCUCCUUCUAAUCAUCCUUCGUCUUCGACUCCACCUCUGGAUCCUCAUUCCUGCAACUCCAAACCUAGAAAGAAGAUGACGAAGCAGUAUUUGCUUGAAUUCAUACAGCAAUCGACACAAAAUAUAAGAACACUGAAAAAGGAUACACCAAAGACGACGAAUCGCUAUGAAAUAUUGAAACAUACAAAUUGGAUGCUAAAUCAAAUGAAAAUAGAGGCUUUGAAUUCCAUUCGAAAACCAAUCAUGGCUCCUGCAUUGGAAGAAUUACCCUCUCAAGCUCCACCUGAAGGAGAAAAGGAAGAAGAAGCCUCCGUCGUCGUCAUCGCGUCGGCGCCGGCGUCGGCGUCGGGGUUGUUGAGCAGUCCAGGGUGGAAGUGGGGCGUUUAA